CGGGCCGUCACCACUGUAACUGUUGUUGCUCUUGCCGCGAUCGUACCUACCUAUCGAUCGAGCUCAUCCAAUGAAUCGAUGUUUGGUGCCUGCAACGCAUCCAUAAAUAACCUGGAAACAAACUGCAGCAGUGCGGCUCCCUACAGGGCAGGUCAGUCGCCAUUUCCUUUGCCUUGAACCCGUCGCAUUCGUUCUUUCGAAAUUCCUUUGCAUAUCUUGUCGUGCCAUAAUGCCCCAUCCACUGUCUUCUUCUGCUUCGGCCGCCAAAGGGGAACGGUCAGGGACCACGACCACAGGCCCCACGCCGCCGCCGCCUCCGCCCCCGCCUCCGCCUCCUCCUCCACCUCCACUUCCCCCGCCGCCGCGGGUCCGGCCGAGUCGAGCGGAGCUGAGUGAAACUCACGAAAAGAAGCCCUGUCCGUACCUCGACAAUCUCGCCGACAUGGCGGCAGAUGAUGGGUUCUGGAGCAGGGGAUCCGAACCCCGGCCUUACACUUACGAACCCGUCUGGUACUUCUUUUAUGGCACCCUCAUGAAGUCCGACGUCCUCAAAAGCGUCUUGGGGUUUGACACGGAGCCGGUUCUGCGGAGUGCCAAGGUCUACGGUUACGAGCUCACAAACUGGGGCCAGUACAAGGCCCUCAUUGACGGCGAGCCGGGGAUGGAAGUGACGGGCUGUGCUUACAAGGUGCGGUCGGUUGAGGAGGAGUUCAAGCUGGCCUACUACGAAACCAACGCCUACACACUCGCGCCCUGCAGAAUUUACUUCACCGAUGGUCCGGCCGAAAGCCGCGAGGAGGACCGGGCAUUUGGUAAAACUUUCAAGUAUGCGGGCAACGCCGAAGCUCUCAAGCAAGGACGCUUUGAUCGGGAUUUGUGGGAGAUGCAGAUGGGCAGACGGCUGCCUCCGGCGUGGCGUGGGGGAGCGUCACAGGACGUGCAGCAAAGGAGCGUGGAGCAGAAGGAGGUCAACGGAGCGACGGCGCAAGACAAGGGAGGAACCGGCGCUAAUUGCAUGUCAGGGAGAAAAGGAAGUCAUUGAGUCCAGCAGCACGCUGCGAGUAAAGAAAUACAUAUUUAGCGUUCAUACGGCGUCAAGUUUGCCGCAACGAACAUCAGCUAUCUACCCCGUCCUUGACCAAAUUAAUCACUGCUCCGGGAUGCGCAACGAGACCUAGCAGUCCGAUCAGUCCGAUCAGUCCGGCGGCGACUUGGGCCACAUAAUAUCGUAGU